AUGGCUUGGUUUCUUAGGAGCCUCUCUCUCCCCUUGUGCACCAUCACCUUCAUUCUCUUUUCUUCAAUGGCGAUCUCGGCGUCGACCGCCGAUCUCUUCGACGAGUUCAAGCUCAUGACCAGCGAGAAGAAGACCAAUCUGCGCCUCUACCUCCAUGACAUCGUCUCCGGGAGAAACUUCACAACCAAGAGGGUGGUGACGGCAAAUGCAUUGCUCCCUCCCAGCUUCGGAGACCUCAUCGUGCUCGACGACCCGCUGACGGCGGGACCGAGCCUGACGUCGGAGCUGGUCGGACGGGCUCAGGGAUUCUACGUGCUAGCAACGCAGCCGGCUCAUGAUCCUGCACUAGCACUGGCCAUGAAUUUUGUAUUUGUAGCAGGGGAGUACAACGGGAGCACGCUGACGAUAAUGGGGAGGAAUGCUGUGUUGGAGACGACGAAGGAAAUGCCUGUGGUUGGAAGGCAGUGGGAGAUUCCGGCUUGCCCGGGGAUAUGCUAUCGUUAAGACCUUCUCUUUGAACAAAACCAGUGGGGAUGCAGUGGUGGAGUACAAUCUUUACGUGUUGCAUUACUGAUGCUUGCAUUGUUGAUUUGCCAUCCACUUGCCGUCGCGUUUGCAAAGGAGUUUGAU